AGCGCACGCGAGCUUUUCAGGCCGCGUGUGCGCUCUGUCUUUCUCGAGGUCACCAGACUCUCUCUUCGCUUCAUUGCUUUUCAUUGACCUUCAAAUAUUCAAAAAUCAGAGAUUCAGCUUAUUCGCUCCGCCUACACAAUGCAGCCCAUACGAGAGUCGUUCAACAUCUCGGACUGGGAGGACGACAAGCAGUUCCUCAGGUGCUGGCGCCACCAGGACUGCGGUGCCUGUCUUGUAGAGGACGGUUGCAGCUGGUGUCCAUUCUCGUGGACAUGCACAUCAAACACCUACUCUAUUCCACUCCUCGCGCCGGCCUACGACGACAAAAUCUGCCCGCACUGGGCCGAGCGGUGGGAAAUCCGGACGCGGCCGCUGGGCUGCCAGGUGUCCACCAUCACGACCCUGACUGGUGCCGUCAGCAUCGCGUCGACCUUGAUCAUCGUCGGCAUCAUCUUCUUCGCCUUCUGGCUGAUCCGCAAGAUGCGCGAGCUACGCCGCUGGCGGCGCGAGUGGGCACGCGAGAGAGCUCUCCGCCGCGAGUUACGUGCAGCCAGGCUGGGCCGGCGCGUUGUGUUCAGGGCCGAGCGGUCAGAGGAAGACCCUCUCCUCGGCAUAUGAUAUCGUGCUGUGUAUACCGACAUAUAGCCAAGAUAGAAACGGUAGAACAAAGUCAAGGGAGCCGGUCCCCUC